AUGGACACAAAAGAGCCUACAGAACCCAGAAACCACACAAACGACUCAGACUUGGUGUGUUCAAACAUGUAUCAUAUCCAGAUAUCAUCAGUAUUUCAACGACAUUAUCCUCCUGGCUUUUUGAAAAAGGUGGUGGCAGAGAUUAUAGCAACGUUUCUGUUGGUGUUUGUGACAUGUGGUUCAGCUGCUAUUUCAGCUAGCGAUGAACACAAGGUCUCAAAGCUUGGAGCUUCCAUAGUCGGAGGGCUCAUAGUAACGGCCAUGAUCUAUGCUGUUGGGCACAUCUCCGGUGCACACAUGAACCCGGCUGUGACUCUAGCUUUUGCUGCGGUGAGGCAUUUUCCAUGGAAACAAGUACCAAUAUAUGCGGUAGCACAACUAACAGGAUCAAUAUGUGCCUCUUUUACUCUGUCUAUACUAUUGCAUCCCAUUAAGCAUGUGGGAACUACAUCCCCUUCUGGAUCAGAUAUCCAAGCUCUAAUCACAGAGAUAGUCAUGACAUUUUCCAUGAUGUUCAUCACUUCUGCAGUUGCCACAGACACUAAAGCUAUAGGAGAACUAGCAGGUAUAGCAGUUGGCUCAGCAGUAUGCAUAACAUCAAUUUUUGCAGGACCAAUAUCAGGUGGAUCUAUGAACCCAGCCAGAUCAUUAGGACCGGCACUGGCUAGUGCAUACUACAAGGGAAUUUGGGUCUAUAUAGUAGGACCUGUGACAGGUACCCUAUUAGGAGCAUGGACUUACAACUUCAUUCGGGUGGCUGACCAGCCGGUUCAGGCCAUAUCACCGCGUUCAUUUUCAUUCAAACUAAGGAGAAUGAAGAGCGACAAUGAUGCCCAUGUUGUUAGGUGUUUGGACCCUUUAGAUUCAGCUUGA